CUGCACCCUCACUUUCUCCACCUGAUUGUCCUCCUCUACUGCUGCCCUGUCUUUCCCCUCUUUAUUGAAUUUCUCGCUCGUGUGCCCAUCUGCGGCUGUCUUGUUCACUUUCCUCCUUCCUCCCGCUCUUGAUCUUUGUGCGUGUGCCUCCUUCCCCUGGUGUGUUCUCUGUCCCCCACCCAUCUCCUCUUCCUCUCUCCCUUCCACUGCAAAGGGGGAUUUUCCCCCGAGGGCUGCUCUCUGCCUGUGUGCCCCUCCGGGGCUUGAUCCCGGCAGCCACGAUGAGCUUCACCGUGCACUCGGUUUUCUUCACCCUGAAGGUGAGCGUCCUGCUGGGGUCCCUGCUGGGGCUCUGCCUGGGCCUUGAGUUCAUGGGCCUUCCUAACCAGUGGGCACGCUACCUCCGCUGGGAUGCCAGCACGCGCAGUGACCUGAGCUUCCAGUUCAAGACCAAUGUUUCCACGGGGCUGCUCCUCUACCUGGAUGAUGGCGGCGUUUGUGACUUCCUCUGCCUGUCCCUGGUGGAUGGCCAUGUGCAGCUCCGCUUCAGCAUGGACUGUGCCGAGACCGCCGUGCUGUCCAGCAAACAGGUGAACGACAGCAGCUGGCACUUUCUCAUGGUGAGCCGUGACCGCCUGCGUACUGUGCUGGUGAUUGAUGGUGAGGGCCAGUCUGGGGAGCUGCAGCCCCAGCGGCCCUACAUGGAUGUGGUCAGUGACUUGUUCCUCGGCGGAGUCCCCGCAGACAUACGACCUUCUGCCCUGACCCUUGAUGGAGUACAGGCCAUGGCCGGCUUCAAGGGAUUAAUCCUGGAUCUCAAGUAUGGCAACUCAGAGCCUCAGCUUCUGGGGAGCCAGGGGGUCCAGUUGGAUGCCGAGGGACCCUGCGGUGAGCGUCCCUGUGAAAAUGGUGGGAUCUGCUUUCUCCUGGAUGGCCACCCCACCUGUGACUGUUCUACCACCGGCUAUGGUGGCAAGCUCUGCUCAGAAGAUGUCAGUCAAGGUCCAGGCCUCUCCCACCUCAUGAUGAGUGAACAAGCUCGAGAGGAGAAUGUGGCCACUUUCCGAGGCUCAGAGUACCUGUGCUACGACCUGUCUCAGAACCCAAUCCAGAGCAGCAGUGAUGAAAUCACCCUGUCCUUUAAGACCUGGCAGCGGAAUGGGCUCAUCCUGCACACGGGCAAGUCGGCUGACUACGUCAACCUGGCUCUGAAGGAUGGCGCAGUCUCCUUGGUCAUUAACCUGGGGUCUGGGGCCUUUGAGGCCAUUGUGGAGCCAGUGAAUGGAAAAUUCAAUGACAACGCCUGGCAUGAUGUCAAAGUGACACGCAACCUCCGGCAGGUGACAAUCUCUGUGGAUGGCAUCCUUACCACGACGGGCUACACUCAAGAGGACUACACCAUGCUGGGCUCAGAUGACUUCUUCUAUGUGGGAGGAAGCCCAAGUACCGCUGACUUGCCAGGCUCACCUGUCAGCAACAACUUCAUGGGCUGCCUUAAAGAGGUUGUUUAUAAGAAUAAUGACAUCCGUCUGGAGCUGUCUCGCUUGGCCAGAAUUGGGGACACCAAGAUGAAAAUCUAUGGUGAGGUUGUAUUCAAGUGUGAGAAUGUGGCCACACUGGACCCCAUCAACUUUGAGACCCCGGAGGCUUACAUCAGCUUGCCCAAAUGGAACACCAAACGCAUGGGCUCUAUCUCCUUUGACUUUCGCACCACUGAGCCCAACGGCCUGAUCCUCUUCACUCACGGCAAGCCCCAAGAGAGGAAGGAUGCUCGGAGCCAGAAGAACACCAAGGUGGAUUUCUUUGCCGUGGAACUCCUCGAUGGCAACCUGUACCUACUGCUUGACAUGGGCUCAGGCACCAUUAAAGUGAAAGCCACUCAGAAGAAAGCCAACGAUGGGGAAUGGUACCAUGUGGACAUUCAGCGAGAUGGCAGAUCAGGUACCAUAUCAGUGAACAGCAGGCGCACGCCGUUCACCGCUAGUGGGGAGAGCGAGAUCCUGGACCUGGAGGGGGACAUGUACCUGGGCGGGCUGCCGGAGAACCGUGCUGGCCUCAUCCUCCCCACUGAGCUCUGGACCGCCAUGCUCAACUAUGGCUACGUGGGCUGCAUCCGUGACCUGUUCAUUGACGGGCGCAGCAAGAACAUCCGGCAGCUGGCGGAGAUGCAGAAUGCUGCGGGCGUCAAGUCGUCCUGCUCACGGAUGAGUGCUAAGCAGUGUGACAGCUACCCCUGCAAGAACAACGCCGUGUGCAAAGAUGGCUGGAACCGCUUCAUCUGCGACUGCACGGGCACCGGCUACUGGGGACGAACCUGCGAGAGGGAGGCGUCCAUCCUGAGCUACGACGGCAGCAUGUACAUGAAGAUCAUCAUGCCCAUGGUCAUGCACACCGAGGCAGAGGACGUGUCCUUCCGCUUCAUGUCCCAGCGAGCUUAUGGGCUGCUGGUGGCUACUACCUCCAGGGACUCUGCUGACACCCUGCGUUUGGAGCUGGAUGGGGGGCGCGUCAAGCUCAUGGUUAACUUAGACUGUAUCAGGAUAAACUGUAACUCCAGCAAAGGACCAGAGACCCUGUAUGCGGGGCAGAAGCUCAAUGACAACGAAUGGCACACUGUUCGGGUGGUGCGGAGGGGAAAAAGCCUUAAGUUAACCGUGGACGAUGAUGUGGCUGAGGGUACAAUGGUGGGAGACCAUACCCGCUUGGAAUUCCACAACAUUGAAACUGGUAUCAUGACAGAGAAACGUUACAUCUCCGUCGUCCCCUCCAGUUUCAUUGGCCACCUGCAGAGCCUUAUGUUUAAUGGGCUGCUCUACAUUGACUUGUGCAAAAAUGGAGACAUUGAUUACUGCGAACUGAAGGCUCGUUUUGGACUGAGGAACAUCAUCGCUGACCCUGUCACCUUUAAGACCAAGAGCAGCUACCUGAGCCUGGCCACCCUCCAGGCCUACACCUCCAUGCACCUCUUCUUCCAGUUCAAGACCACCUCCGCUGACGGCUUCAUUCUCUUCAAUAGCGGUGAUGGCAAUGACUUCAUUGCUGUUGAGCUAGUCAAGGGGUACAUACACUACGUGUUUGACCUCGGAAACGGCCCCAAUGUGAUCAAAGGCAAUAGUGACCGCCCCUUGAAUGACAACCAGUGGCACAACGUCGUCAUCACCCGGGACAACAGCAACACCCACAGCCUGAAAGUGGACACGAAGGUGGUCACUCAGGUUAUCAAUGGUGCCAAAAAUCUGGAUUUGAAAGGUGACCUCUACAUGGCAGGUCUGGCCCAAGGCAUGUACAGCAACCUCCCAAAGCUCGUGGCCUCCCGGGAUGGCUUUCAGGGCUGUCUGGCAUCAGUGGACUUGAAUGGACGCCUGCCAGACCUCAUCAACGAUGCCCUCCAUCGGAGUGGACAGAUUGAGCGUGGCUGUGAAGGACCAAGUACCACCUGCCAGGAGGAUUCAUGCGCCAACCAGGGGGUCUGUAUGCAGCAGUGGGAAGGCUUCACCUGCGACUGUUCCAUGACCUCCUAUUCUGGAAACCAGUGCAAUGAUCCUGGCGCCACGUACAUCUUUGGGAAGAGUGGAGGCCUCAUCCUGUACACCUGGCCGGCCAAUGACAGGCCCAGCACGCGCUCUGACCGCCUGGCCGUGGGCUUCAGCACCACCGUGAAGGACGGCAUCUUGGUGCGCAUAGACAGCGCCCCAGGCCUCGGGGACUUCCUUCAGCUUCACAUAGAACAGGGGAAGAUUGGAGUCGUCUUCAAUAUUGGCACAGUUGACAUCUCCAUCAAAGAGGAGAGGACCCCAGUAAAUGAUGGCAAAUACCACGUGGUGCGCUUUACCAGGAACGGCGGCAAUGCCACGCUUCAGGUGGACAACUGGCCAGUGAAUGAGCAUUAUCCCACAGGCAACACUGAUAAUGAACGCUUCCAAAUGGUAAAACAGAAAAUCCCCUUCAAAUAUAACCGGCCCGUAGAGGAGUGGCUGCAGGAAAAAGGCCGGCAGUUAACCAUCUUCAACACCCAGGCGCAAAUAGCUAUCGGUGGAAAGGACAAAGGACGCCUCUUCCAAGGCCAGCUUUCUGGGCUCUAUUAUGAUGGUUUAAAAGUACUGAACAUGGCGGCUGAGAACAACCCCAAUAUUAAAAUCAAUGGAAGCGUCCGACUGGUGGGAGAAGUCCCAUCAAUCUUGGGAACGACACAGACAACCUCCAUGCCACCAGAAAUGUCUACCACUGUCAUGGAAACCACCACUACAAUGGCUACUACCACAACCCGCAAGAAUCGCUCUACAGCCAGCAUUCAGCCAACAUCAGAUGACCUUGUUUCAUCUGCUGAAUGUUCAAGUGAUGACGAAGACUUCGUUGAAUGUGAGCCGAGUACAGGUAGGUUAGGAGGUGAAUUAGUUAUCCCUCUUCUUGUAGAAGACCCUUUAGCUACCCCUCCUAUUGCUACUCGUGCACCUUCCAUUACACUCCCCCCUACCUUUCGCCCCCUCCUCACCAUUAUUGAGACCACCAAAGAUUCCCUGUCCAUGACCUCUGAGGCGGGGUUACCUUGCUUGUCGGACCAAGGCAGCGAUGGUUGUGAUGAUGAUGGCUUGGUGAUAUCUGGGUAUGGCUCAGGGGAAACCUUUGACUCUAACCUGCCCCCUACUGAUGAUGAAGAUUUUUACACCACCUUCUCCUUGGUAACAGAUAAGAGUCUUUCCACUUCAAUCUUCGAAGGUGGCUACAAAGCACAUGCGCCCAAGUGGGAAUCCAAGGACUUUAGACCUAACAAAGUCUCCGAAACUAGUAGGACUACUACCACAUCUUUGUCCCCUGAGCUGAUCCGCUUCACAGCUUCCUCCUCGUCUGGGAUGGUGCCCAAAUUGCCAGCUGGCAAAAUGAAUAACCGUGAUCUCAAACCCCAGCCUGAUAUAGUCUUGCUUCCGUUGCCCACUGCCUAUGAGCUAGACAGCACCAAACUGAAGAGCCCACUAAUUACUUCCCCCAUGUUCCGUAAUGUGCCCACAGCAAACCCCACGGAGCCGGGAGUCAGACGGGUUCCGGGGGCCUCAGAGGUGAUCCGGGAGUCGAGCAGUACAACAGGGAUGGUCGUCGGCAUUGUGGCUGCUGCCGCCCUCUGCAUCUUGAUCCUCCUGUACGCCAUGUACAAGUACAGGAACAGGGACGAGGGGUCCUAUCAAGUGGACGAGACACGGAACUACAUCAGCAACUCGGCGCAGAGCAAUGGCACGCUCCUCAAGGAGAAGCAGCAGAGCUCGAAGAGCGGCCACAAGAAACAGAAAAACAAGGACAAAGAGUAUUAUGUGUAAACACGACACCGCUAACGAUACGCGAAUUUAAAACACAGGAUUAUUUCUCUAUAAAUAUAUAAAUACUUGGAAAAUGAGAUUUCACAGAUGUCAGAACUGUUCUAUGAGAUGGGGUAUAACCAUGACUAUGGUGGGGAAAAUCAUUUUUAAAAGAACACACACAAAGAUGUACCUACCUAUAAGAUUCAGCCAUGGCUGCUUUGAUUCAGUCACUGCUCGGAGACAGUUCUUUCUGCCCUGCUGUGUCAUAAAGCACGCACUUUGCCCUCUGGAGCAAGCAGAUGGCUCCCCCCACUUUCGCGGACUUGGAAGCUUCCUUCUCUUUAGGACCUUUCAUCCAAGGUAGAAGACUUCAUGGCUUACUUGUUCCAUAACUCCAAGUGAGUCUGUAAUAAUGUUUGUGAAGCUUGACUGUAAUAAUGUUUUUGUUUUUUUUGGUUUAAUUAUGUAAAAAAUGAAAACAAAAAAAAAAGAAAAGAAAAAGUUAAAAACAAAAACAGAAACAAAAAAACCCCACCCUUAAUCUGGUUCUGGCCAGUGUGUGCGUAACUUUUCAAGAUCUGAGGGGAAAAAAUGGCUUUUGGGUAUUUGUUUAUUUUUUGAGAAUAACUGGACAUAAGUUAAGAAGAAAAAAAAAAAAUCUCAGAAAACAGAAGAGAGACUAUUGCCAUAUGAACUCAAAAGCUACCAUGGUGUCCACUCUACAUAUCAGGUUGUGGCGUUUCUAGAAUCUGUUGUCUAUUUCCUAUGCGAUGCUUUGCUGAACACAUAGCGAAAUCAUGGGAUGGAUGAUAAUAUUGAUUUGAAAAGCUGGUUCCUCAGGAUCAAAUUCCAGAAUUUGCCACCCAAACCCUGAACAGAUGGGGUUAGGGCUGGUUUUAUCAGAGCUAUUGGCUUUACUUAACAAUAUUGUUCCUGUCCAUGAGCCCAGCCAAAUUGUGGUAAAGGAGAAAGCCCCAUAAACUAAAACAGAGCCUUUCCUAGGGAAGGGGAAUGGGGGUGGGCUGGAUCUGUGACUGAUCGAAAUGCAUGCAAAUAUAAAAGAAAAGACAAUACAAGAAGUCUGUUAAAUAAUCAAAACAGACAAUAAGGGAGUUCAACUUGUGAUGGAACCACAAAAGGUCACACAAGCCAAACAUGGCAUGACAGAGUGCAGAAUUCAUAGUUCUUUCCCCGCCCCCAACAUGAUAAUGUUUUUCCUAGUGAUUUAAUUUUGCAGCCUGACAUUUAUGGAUAACUCUAUCCUUCCAUUUGCUCACGUCUCCCUUCACCCAUCUUUUCUAAAAAUAAUAAAUGACUAAAGCUGCUGUGACACACAAAAAAUGGAAUUUAAUAGUAUAAUAUAUAUAAAUAAAUAUAUAUACAGAUAUAUUUAUCAUGGUAUGUUUGAUGGGAUGACUGAAACAGGAAAACUGUUAAAAUCUUGAAGUGGAAUGAGAAUGUUGUUUUAAAAGAAAAUAACAAAACGACAAAAAAGUAAACCUUAAAAUGUGAAGUGUGAGUUUAAUUUUGUCACAGUUAACUGUGUCAAAGAGAAUAAAAAAUCUUCUCAGAUUUUGUUUACAUAUUUUACUACAUUUUUGCUGGUAUAAUUCCUUAGCCACCUGUGUACAUACUGCUUUGAGAACUGUUCUUUCCUUUCUAUUUGUUUAUUUCAGUUUGUUUGGUUUGUGUUCCAGUUGUCUUUCUUUUUGAAAAGAGGAAACAAUGUACAGAAAAACAAUAAACUUGUUGUGUGGCCAUACCUAUCCCAAAAGCAAGAGACAAAGCAAGACAAAUAUUCACACAAAAAUGAAAUGUGUUCUCUGGAGGGUCAGAUACAUACAGUUUCUUUUGUACAGAUGAAAAUCAAUCAGCUGUUUAGAUUUAGAAAUCUACUCUUGCUGGUUUUUGUAAGUUGCAUGAAUAUUUGACUUUGAAAAAGUAUCUUAAAGACGUGGGGCAAAAAGCGCAAUCUAAACAAUGGUAGCCUUUACUAAUAUGUAUGGAAAGAGGUGUUCUUCAUUACCUGAUAUUUCAAUGUGUUAAGAGUUUUGGAUUAUUUUGUUGUCAUUGAAAAAGACAGGAUUAUAAAGAGGCAUCAAAGCACGAUUUAGAUAACUAAAUGGCCCAACCUAUAUGAAGUUGAUUAUAUCUCGCUGUCUGUAAAAGAUUGCUGUUCUUGGAGUCUUGAGGUCUUGUGAACUGAUUUCCUGCUUUCUUUCUUUACAUUUUUUAUUUGAGUAAAAAUACAUUUAUUAUAUUCCUUUUAGUGUAAGUUUCUAUUUGGACAAUUUUAUGGGAACAUGUGCAUUCUGUACGUGAGCUUCUAUCAUAUUGCUGUUGUUUUAUGAGCAGACUCUUAAGGAAUUUAUUUUAUGAUGUUGUGAAGUUACUGCUUUUUCUUUUUCCUUUUCUUUUUUAUUUCACAUUUGCAUUUUAGUUCAAGGAUAUGCUUAGCAAUAAAAUGUUCUUCCCAAAAGCUUGUAUGAUGAUGUAUUUUUAUUUUCCAAACAUUUGGUAAAAGACCUUGUACUGGGGCUAAAUAUGUCAUGUCGAAUUAAAAGCCAAGUAAUCUAGGACCAUGUUCAUG